GACCGGCUUCUCGGAGGCUCAGACACAAUGAACCGUCAACGGUGAGGGGCUUGAGUGUUUGGCUUGAGUUAUUGGCAAGGUUUUAGCACAUUAUUAUUCUCAAUUGUGCCUCUUCUUUAGUUAAAUAAGCCAUUUUCAGACUACUGACACACUGUAUGGCGGUUACAGGGCUCGGCUGGAAACGGUUGGUUCGUCGAGUUUGAUGAAAACGAGGUCAGGCUCAGACUACCGCUAGCCCCUCCUGGCGGAUUCGUUUCGUUACUUUUGUCUAGAUAAAGCCAACAAAACGAGGCAGAUAACAAUGUCGUUGACUGCUUCGUCUGAUUAUUUCGCUGCCGAGUGUCUGGUAUCGAUAUCCAGCGGUCCUGUCUUGCACAGACCCACCCCGGUCGCCCCCACCAGCCAGCCGACCACCGUGGGCCUGCUCCCCGGGGAGCCCGACGUGUCGAACGAGGACAGGGAAGUGCGGGAGACUCUGAGGCUGGAGGGGGCCAACAUGAUGGCGGUGGCCGGGAUCCUCACCGACCUGCACGUCAAGUUCCGCCCCAUGUCGGCCUACUCGGAGAGCAGCAACUCCUCGUGUGGAGGGGAGAGCGGCUACACCACGUUGUCGGACCCGACCACCCCUACCAUGACCCCCUCCGCCACCCCGGUGCCCGGACAGCAGCUGAGGGGGGGAGUAGGCGUGGGGGCCCCGAGGUCCCCGGUGAAGCGACACCAGUGCACUUUUGAAGGAUGCGACAGAGUUUACGGGAAAUCCUCCCACCUGAAGGCACACAUCCGGACACACACAGGUGAGCGGCCCUUCCCCUGCACCUGGCCCGACUGCGAGAAGAAGUUUGCCCGCUCCGACGAGCUCGCUCGCCACACCCGCACCCACACCGGGGAGAAGCGCUUCCUGUGCCCCCUCUGCGAUAAGCGCUUCAUGCGCAGCGACCACCUGAUCAAGCACGCCCGCCGCCACCCUUACUUCCAGCCCUCUAUGUUGGGACGCAACAAGGGUGCAUCGCCCUCUCCCAACCCAGCCGCGUACAAUUAGGGUGGUUUGGGUUGUGGGGGGGGCGUUCUACAGGAGCACAGAAGGUCGGGCGGUUUCAAGUUAACCAGCUACAAUCAGUCCACUGGUUAGGAUUAAGCAUUUUUGUGUUGUACUCAAAAACACACACACAGAACUUGAAAGUGAGGGGGAGCAGCUUCAUCCCUCUGUCUACAAACGAGUCAUGUGACCACUAUCCCCUAAUUUAACUAGGGUUGGGUACCGAGAAACGCUCAAAAUCUUUAAGAAAUGGGUUUUUGUAAGAAAUGUGCUUUUUGAUUCCACUUAUCGUCUCCUGAAAGUUUGGACCUACUGCACUUAAUUUACAUGGCCAGUUACACGUGUAUCCAAGUGCGUGUAUAAUGUUUACAUUUUGGGCUAGCUUUCAAAACGGCUUCACUAAAGACAGGCACGAUGCAGUGACCUCUAAUCUCUGCAUGAAAAUAAAACAACAUGCAAGGGAACAUGCUUUUUCAUGUCAUGUCUCGUGAAAUUGAAUGACAUAUUUUUUGCGUUAAAAGACCAGAUGGGGAUGUUUUGGGCUAUUCUAAUCAAAAGUAUUACAGGGCAGAUCAAAGAACUUCAUCACAUUGAUGCAAAACAUCUUUUAAAAAAAAAAAAGCCAUAAUGCAGUCCUGCUCACAUUUCCUAGUAUAAUUAAUUAGGCUUUAAAUUCUCAGAAAGCUAAUUUAAAAACAUUUAAAAUGGCACAGCUUUUCUGUUUUUUAACCAAAAACCAUCACUAAAUAAUUUGUCAUUCCUAACAUGUUUAAGGCAGCCUAAACCUUAUGAAAAUAAAUAUAUUGUUUGUUUCUUUUCCUAACUCAGGAUUCGAUGAGAACGGGAACAUUAAGCAGAUUUAAAAUCGAGAAAAUAAACCCAACCCUAUCAAUAAUCUUGUUUUUCAAACAUGUACACAAAUGCAGGGAUUUUUCACAUUUACUCAAAAAAAUCGGCCAAAACUCCUGUUUUUCUUGUGGUUAAUUUCUAGAUUGUUGUUGUGCUUUCAGUACCAUUUAUUUACCAUGAGUAGCACAAGAUUGUGAUGUUAGGUAGCGAGGCAUUGACUAGAAGCCUUUUAGCUUUUUAUUUUUUAGCUUUGCUGAUUCCAUAUAAAAGUUUUAGUGGCGACACAUUCCUUAAUUUUUAUUGCAUCGGUAACCAUCAUUGAAGCCAUUCUGUAAUGCCUUCUUUAUAUCCAAUUUAACUAUAGAUCAAAUAUUGAUUUUUCCCAGAAAGUGGAUUAAACUUCACUAGAGGAGCUGUUUGCACACCAUCCUUAACUCUAGAUCAGUUAUCACACGCUGACACGUAAUACACUAGUAUUAUGUUCUAUACUGAUGCAAAUGUAUAUAAGCUUUAAGCUUUUAAUGUAGAUAAAUGGUAAUGCUACUAGCAGCAGAAUUAAUACAUGUGAAGAAUUGUAGUCCUUAUAUUAGGGGUAACGGUAUACUCUUGAUAGGAUGGCAUUGCCUGUGAGUGUUGGUGUGUAUGUGUUUUUUAUUUACAUUUUUGUUAGCGGCAGAAGUCAGAAAAAGUGUAUGCAUUGAUAUCAGAAUUAUAUAAAAGUGUUUAAACCUCACUCAUCAGGGGUGUGGAGCCAGAACACGUUCAGGUUCAGGUGUGCCAGGUCACAACUAUUGAGUGGUGCAGCGAUGUAUUUUUGUAGGCCAACCCGGAAGUGAAAAAGCAAUGGGAUUUUCCUACUGGUUUUCAAAAUAUUGCAGAAAAUGAGAUCUCUGGCCAACACAUGUUUAUGAUACUUACACAUUUUGUUCAGCAGGAUUAUCUCCACCUAUUACACGUAAAUGUAAUCGCCAGAAGUAAAAAGCUAACGUUAAGCCAAUACAUGACAAUGCGUCACCGCCGCUAAGCUAGGGCGGCUAAUGUUCAGCGUGAUGACAUUGAGUAGUCUCAUUAAGCCACUUGUUAGCAACUGCUGUUUACAUGACACAAAAAAGCUUUGGACAUUCACCAGUGGGGUAUUUACUGACAUAUUUUAAGCUUGUGAUAACCACAGAAUUUAUUUCAGGCACCUAACCAAAAACACCUUCAAAAAAACAUUGGCUUCGAGACGAGAGAAGAACAAUUGGUAAUAUGCUCAUUCAUUUCCGGGAGUUGGACUCACUCCAGCACCGCACUAUACCAUUUGACCUUUAUUGAUUUACACUAAUUUUGACUUGUCAAAACAAAUAAAAGCACAGGUGCAACCAAUAUAAUCAAGAAUGGCAGUCGGGGUGACCUCUGCCGAGGCCAAUGGUGCAUUCACAUGCUUCUUGGGGGUACCAUUUGUUGAGUCUGACACUCUUCUUGAAUUCGUCGUGUUAAGCUUUACGUUGUACGGUGGAAACGGGCGUUUCUCAAUCUCAAAUGGUUAAUGAUUCUAAAACAUAACUUUUGGAUCAGCCCCCAAAACAUGUAAUGGGUUCUUGGCCUAUUCUAGCUACACCCUUCCACCACGUUCAAUGAAACUCGGCUACUAGUUUGUCCUUAUUCCCGCUGACAGAAAAACUGAUUUGGAAACCCUCUUGGUAGAAGUAGCUCAGUAUAAGCAAAUGGUGGCUCUAUUCCAUAUUGGUGUGUCUUUGAACCAGCCAACCUCUGUUAAUGGGAUGCAGCCAUUCCACAAUGUUAUUCGUUACACCUGUUUUUCACAAGUCAAAAUGUCCACUGUGAUAAAAAAAAAAAACCUGUUCAGUGAACCGGCACCUAAAUAUUCCUAUAUGCCAAAAAAGGAAGUCAACAAUCCUUGUGUUUCAGGAAAAAUAACAUUCAUGAGCAAGCCAUCAAAUAAUCAAAUCUAUCAGAGUACACACAAUAUCCAGGUCUGAGUAAAGAGGGUGAAUCUUUUCUUUUUGUUUUCACACUGUCUGUCCAGCUCAUGGACAUAUUCCUUUUGAUCUCAGUGAACAACACUUAAAGCCUUAAACUAUGUCAUAACUACUUUGCACCAUGUUUACAGUUGAAUCAUUGUACAGGUAUAUGUAUGCUCUCAUCACAGAUACUCGUUAUGCAAUAUGGCACUUUUUUCUUAUAGGUGUAUUUGGGCUGAGUUGUGUCAUGGCUUGCACUGUUGCUAUGCUUCUACAAGCAAGCACUGUGGGACUAUGCUCAUGUGUUGAUAACCAAUGGUUUGUAAAACUGCCUUUUUGUCCAGGGUCUUUAGAAAAAAACGUGAUGCAAAAAGUGGUCUCUAGUUUUUCGUUCUUAUGUUUGCUUUAGUCAUCAUGGCCAUCUCUUGUUGUGGAUUUUUUUUCUUUCUAUAUCUCACACCCUUCAUUUGUGCUUCCUGAUCUGUCUUCCGCGUUCACACGUCAAACCAUCUCACUGUUGAUCUCAUGGGAACAUUUCGUACACAUUCCUCCUCCAGAGGAUUGAUCUGUUGAUAGUUUUUGGUUGCUGCUGGCAGUAACCACGAACAUAAGGACUGUUUUAACAAAGGAACACACCAUAUACUCGUUUUUAAAGCCUUCAAAAUGGAAAUAUGAGCUUCCAUCACCCCUCACAGAUGGGAGCGUCUUCUCACAAAGCUAUAUACCACAUACAUACCUCACAGAUUCUCUUUUUCUUUACAAAAUCCAUCCAUCCUGUCUUUCAGAAAUUCCUUUAAAGCCUUGGAUUUAAGAAGUUUAAUCAGCUAGAUGGUCUGCUAUGUACCCUAUGUCCUUACCUAUGGUGGCCGACAGUGGCCAACACGCUGCACCGGUGCAGCAGUUCCUAAAACGAUGCAAACGUCAAAACACAAAAGUGCCAAAACACAUGCAAAUGAAGAAACCCCUUCAAAAACUUGACAGCACGUGCAGCAUUUAGAAAAUAUUCACUAGCUUGACAAAAUGUCUGCAGAGUUUACUAAAAGCGCUUGAAACAAAAUGCUGCAAGAAGUUAAAACAUAACAGAAAUGGGAACACUAAAUAGUGAUGCACACAGGUGGGACCACAGCUCUUGUUGUCAGUCAGGCAUUAUACAGUUGGCCAAAUGUCACUGGAAACGUACCUUUUUUAAUUCAAGUUUUAUUGGCCUAUUUUAACAAUGUGAUCGCGUGAUUCCUUCCGAUAUGAUUGCAGAUCCACUGCAAGCUAGCUAGCAUGCUGACAAAAUACUUUCAAAUUUUCAACUUGAAAUAUCGCCGAACGUCAUCAAGCACUUUUUUGUGUCCUUGCUUUCUUUGUGUUUUGAGCUUCUUGCAGCAAGUGAACCCUGUCCAUGUUUUAUUUAGGUGAAGAUGUUUUUAUUCAUUUGCAUGUGUUUUGGCAUAUUAGUGUUAUAUUUAAAAAUGAGGCACGUUUAUCCUAUUGCAGCAUUUGCACCUGUCGGCCACCGUACUUAUCUUGUCUUUAUAUGCAACAUCACUACUACCUGUGCAGCAGAAUUUCCUUUUUCCUGCCUCAAUUUCUGUUGUUAAUGGACGGUAGCAAAAUGAAUCUCUGGGAUAAAUCCAGCCCCUGGUUGUCUAGGGAAAAAAACUCUUAAAAGGGGUGUUUAGUAAAUAAAGAAAAAUACAUGUUGACUUCAAUGCAGAAUUUAAUUAAAAGAGCGCGGUCCAAAUCUAUAUGUUCAUAUCGCUGAAUGUGGCUUGAUGACAGAUGAGCGUUUGGGUUGAAUUUUUGCGUAGAACGACAAAUUCCUCGUCACCACACUAAUUCAGAUAUGCACAUUGUACAGAAAUGGAUGUUUUUUAAAAUUGAUGCCUAAUUUUUACAUAAAUGUAAUUUUUUAAUAAUCCUCUUAUCAAAGCUUUAGUUAAGGGGGAACUGUGGAACUAAAUAAUUGCUGAAACAAGCUGUUUUGAUAUUUAUAUUCUCAGGUGUCUUCAAUUUUGAGCAUUGGACCUUCAAUAUUUCCUGUGCAACACCUAAGUACAAGCAUGUUUUUUUUUUUUUGUUAUGCUGAUUAAUUUAUUCCAAAAAAAAGAAAAUGUAUAAUUUGUGUGGUUUAAUUAUUAUUUUCAUAACACAUUUUGUGAUAUGGAACAAAACUAAUAUUAAGUGGUUCCAUUGCUUGCUUGACAUGAAAAUACCAGUGCUUUUUUAAGAAUAAAAAUCCUUAAGUUGAA